GGUGUACUUCAUUCACUUGAUAACAUCACACUGAAUACUCUGAACGUUGCUGAAGACUGAUGCGAUGCUUAGGUGAUACAUCAAGGGAUGCUGUGGGUUUAUAGUUUGUUAUUUAGUUUGAAGAAUGCGAGAACCAAGAUAUUCGCGGCGCCAGCGGGACUUGUGAGGCGGAUGGCGGCAGGAGCGAGCUUUGCCGCAGUGCGAGAGAUACUAGACGACAUAGUCGAUCACCCGCUGCAUGUGAACGAGGAGGGAACGCGCGAGAUAUGUUCCACCUACAAGGAUCUGGAGCGGGACGGACGGUUGGAGUUCAUGCGCAUGUUAGCGUCAGACUACUCGGUGAAACAUCAGAACAUCCUUGAGAAGGCAGAGGCUCUCGUUGGUGUCAAGGAACGUGGUGAUCCCGUCCUUUACAACUGUGAAAAGAGACUGCAUGUGGCGUUGACGCCAAAGUUUCUACAACUCUUCCAGGCCAUAGCCAAGCUGCCAGAGGGUGUGAAGUUUGUCGUGGACAUGCGUGCAGAACUUCUCGAGGCGCUGCAGGACAACUCGCUGGAGGACAGGUGGCAGGAGUUGCGUAAGAUGAACGAGUCGCUGCACGACCUGCUCUCGCUGUGGUUCUCCGUCGGCUUCCUUCAUCUACAGCGCGUGACGUGGGAGAGCUCCUGCGACAUGAUGCAGAAGAUAUCGAGCUACGAAGCCGUGCACCCGGUGAGGAACUGGACGGACAUCAAGCGGCGUGUCGGUCCCUACAGACGCUGCUACGUGUUCGUGCACAACAGCAUGCCAGGCGAACCGAUCGUAGUGCUGCACACAGCGCUGACCGAGAGCAUAGCCACCAACGUACAGUCAUUGGUAUCGCUGGCAGACACAAAGAACCUUCAGGAUGAGAAAGAAGAUCCAAAAAAGGUUGUUGCCGCCAACUUCUACUCCAUCACCUCCACACAGCGAGGUCUGCAGGGCAUAGAACUGGGCUACCACCUAAUCAAGCGAACAGUGACAGAGAUCCUGAAGGAAUUCUCCCAGCUGCAGCAGUUCUCGAGCCUCUCCCCGAUUCCGGGAUUCCGCAGCUGGUUACUGGGAGAGAUCAACAUGUACCUAUCCCAUCCCGCUGAGCAUUCCUGCCCGCUGAGCGCUGGAGAAGUGAUCACCAUUGCAUACGUCUUCCAGAUACCAGCAGACGCCCCUAGUGUCCUUACCACGAUAAAACACACCCUGCUCGCGCAGGCUGGUAUGGCGGAUGAGAAGUCUAGGGGACGCGUUUCAGGCCGAUGUUGA